AUGUUCCCCAAGCCUGGGACGAGUCAGCUUCAGAAACAUACGUCAGCAGCAUACAUGGUAGAUUACUACCACCAGUUGCUGAGUGAGCUGAGAAAUCGGACAGAGGCGCUGAGGCAGUUUGGGCUGAGCCACGAGGGGCUACAGGCACUCUUCAACUUUACCGAGGCCGACCUUGAGUUUCUGUUUAACACGAGCCGAGACCCUGAACCGGUGGUACCGGCCUACUGCGAGGGCACUCUUAGAGAGGUGGCUACAAGCUACCGCCAAAUCCACGGAUAUGUGAGUCUUCUAGUCUGCGUGUUCGGUACCAUCGCUAACCUGCUGAACAUUAUCGUGCUGACGCGCAAGGAGCUGUUGGGAACACCCAUAAACCGCAUUCUGACGGGAAUCGCUGUGGCCGACAUGCUCGUCAUGCUGGAGUACAUCCCCUUCUCCACCUACAUGUACGUGCUGAUGCCACCAGGGGUGAGGCAGUUGACACAUGCUGAGGCAGUUUUUAUCCUGGUUCAUAUGCUCUUCUCCCAGCUCAUGCACACGGUAACCACAUGUCUCGUCCUCACGUUGGCUCUGUGGAGAUACCUCGCAAUUCAAUUCCCCCACAGAAGCCACACUAUGUGCUCGGACAAGAGAUGUACUCUGGCCAUCAUGGGGGCCUUCACACUCCCCGUGCUGAUCUGCAUCCCAUCCUACCUGGUGUUCAGCGUGCGCGCCACCCAGGUCACCGAGAACAACCAAGUGGUCACCCUCUACCACCUCGACCUCAGCGACCUCGCCAAGCGGGACGACGAAUUCCUUUACAUCGCCAGCUUCUGGCUGUACGCCGUCGUGGUGAAGCUGCUGCCGUGUGCCGUCCUCACCGUCGUCUCUUAUUGCCUGGUGGCUCUCCUUUGGCAGGUGAACGAACGUAAACAGCGGUUGCGUUGCGACGUGUUCCCCACGCCUGACGCACCGCGGACUUACAAGCCCGAGAAACGUGUUGACCGCACCACUAAGAUGCUGGUGGUAGUGCUCCUGCUGUUCCUUAUCACAGAGAUCCCUAAGGGUGUCUUGGGUCUACUGAGUGGUAUCUUGGGUCGGUGCUUCUUCAAGAACUGUUACCAUCAACUGGGGGAGAUGAUGGACAUCUUGUCCCUCAUCAAUUGUGCCAUCAAUUUCAUCCUCUACUGCUCCAUGAGUCGGCAGUUCCGCGAGACCUUCGGCAAGAUGUUCAAGCCCAAGCUACUAGCCAAGUGUGCGCCGCCCAACACUGAAGUACAGAGCACUUACGUCUGACUAGUGCCGAUGGUCUCAUUUUAUACGCGUUUGGCUGUGUUUGUAUUUAACGGACUUACUAAAUUCUAUUUGAUGGCUGUAAUCAGUUUGGUAGCAAGAAGGUAUUCAUGUGAUAUUCUGGAAAAUUAAGGAGUCCUUAGAUUAAUAGUUGAUGUUUCCCUGUUGGUUUUACACACAAAGCAUUGUGAGACUUUGAAAACAGUCAUAUUUUGUACGCGUUUGGCUGUGUUUAUCUUUUAUGGACCUACAUUCUAUUUGAUAUAUUAUUAAUUUAAACAAGGUAUCAUGUGAUGUUCUGAAAUAUGAAAAUGUCUGUAAAAAUUGAUAAUUAGCUACUAUAUUUGCUCCUAAACUGAGUGAUAUAGAAAAACGCAACGAUUUGUAUUUUAUUAAAAUUCUGGUUAAGAAUUGUUUGACAAACUACUCAUAACUCUUAUAAUAUUUAUAAAAGAACAAAAAAACAGGUGACCUAGCUAAAAAGAUUCUGAGUCCUAAUUUUGGUUAGACCAUCGACAUUGCCUUGGAUACAAAUCCUAGAGCAACUCCCAAGGCAUAGUUCAUAUGAAAAACA